AUGUUAUCAGUUGACAUUCCUACAUUUUUCACGACUCUUAAUUAUCCAAAUGUUCUCGCUCUUUCGAUACUCGCCUUUAUUCUGUACACAAUCAACUUUUAUGUCUUGUACUUUAACCGAGAAAAUGCGCUUCCUGGCCCACUUCCUUUACCCAUAGUAGGCAAUCUUUUUCAAUUUGCCAUCCAUGGAGACAUGGCAGCAUGGACUGCUGAUCUUCGCAAGAAGUAUGGUGACAUGUGGGAGGUGUAUCAGGGAUCCGAGAGACACGUAUGGGUCUCGAGAGCCGAUUUGUUGGAUAAACUGUAUAGUGUAUCAACAAAGAGUAAUUACAAAUGUCGAACAAAAGGGAAUAGAGCAAUCGGCGAAAUCAAAAUGCUAAACAAUGGAGUUUAUCUGAAUACAGAUGUGGAUAUUUGGACCUUCAAUAGGAAGAUGAUGAAGCUCGUGUUAACAUCGGCCGAAUUUAUUGACUAUGCUACUAAACAUGUGCCAAAGGUGGUUAAGGAAAUGGAGGGAUAUUGGGCAAGGUUGGGAUACACAGACAAUAGUAGCGAUGGCGAUAAAACCUUUAAUCUUCCAGACUGGUUUCAUGCAUUAUCUUUAGACAGCAUACUGUUCCUGUCUGCUGGUAAGAACGGUUGCGGUCUUGCAUCUCUCUUUGUUUCCAUCUCACCAAAUUCCGCGGUACCUUAUUCGACCGAAACUAUGAACGAGGCCAAGGAACUCCGCAAUUCUUGGUCGACAUUCUUGGACACCUUGCGCACAGCUAUAUUUGUUCCCGACUUUAUUAGAUUGGGAACUCCACAUGGAUUGAUGCAAAGAAGGAAAUAUCUAAAAAAUUUCCACUGGUUGAAUAACAGCCUGUUGACGAUGAUUGGAGAAAAGAGAGCCGAGAUUGAGAGCUACGAUGGCAGUGAUGGGCUAAAGGGCGACUACAAUAUGCUGAGACUGUUGUUGGUUGCGAAUACCCCUCGUGGACCUAGUGUGAACAGGGGAUCGGAUAAAAUAGACAGAGCCAUGACUGACGAUGAGAUUAGGGGAGUGCUGCUAGAAGUGCUCGUUGCGGGUAUAGAAACGUCUGCCAGUCUUAUGUGUUCUGUCAUAUACUUGGUCUGUCGUAACCCAGAAGUGAAGAAAAAAAUACAGGAGGAGGUCGAUCCACUGUUCAGAGAUGACCUGACGCGAGAAUUGCACCUCGAUGAUCUGAAUAAACUUCAUUAUCUUGAAGCCGUCAUCAAAGAAGCCUCGCGUCUUUACACUCCCGGGCCCAUUAAUUACAGACUUGCUUCACAAGAUGAUGACAUUGGUGGAUAUACGUGGAAGGCAGGAACUCAAUUCAUGAUAGACGUAAUUGGCAUUCACAACCAUCGUGCGCACUGGUCUAAUCCUGAUGAAUUCAUUCCUGAGCGGUUUCUUUCCGAGUCUAAAGAUGUUAUUAAACACUCUUUUCAAACAUUUGGAGGAGGGCUACGUAUAUGUCCUGGUCAACAGUAUGCAAUGCUCUUGAUGAAAAUUGUUCUAGCAUCAUUAUAUAGUAGAUACGAUAUAGAGUUGGCCAGUGAAAAUGAGAAACCGGCGACUACGUAUAAGAUUACGCUCUCCUGUCAUGGAUUGAUGGUUAAAAUGAGGAGACGGAACAUUAUUUGA